CCGUUCCAUCCGCAGCCGAGCAGGGUGUCGGGGCCGGGAGGUCCCGCUGCCCCUCCGCUGCGUGUGCCGGAGCGGCGACGCAGGCUGACCAUGGCGGAGUUCUCCCAGAAGCGGGGGAAGCGGCACGAUGAUGCUGUGCUGGGCAGUGCCGUGGACUUCCUGUUGGUCAACGCCCGCCUGGUGUUGGGGGUGGGCGCAGCUGCUGUGCUGGGCAUUGCCACCCUGGCCGUAAAGCGGCUCAUUGACAAAGCCACUAGCCCGCGGGACGAGGAGGACGAGGCCAAGGGUGAUACAACGUGCCUGGAGGAUGGCUGGAAGGAUCUGAGCCUGCUCAGGGACACGCCACACCCACAACCCCGGCCCCCGCCUGCUGCCCUUAGCCAGCCUGUGCCAAGCCCAGCUCCCUCACUUGAUGUUCCAGAAGGGCCUGGCGACACUGGUCCCUGGACACUACCUCAGCACGGCUCCCCAGCACCAUUGUGCCUGACCUUCCAGGAGAAGUUGCUGGCAUUCGAACGGGACCACGUGGGCAUCCCAGCAGUGAACGAGAUGGUGGCCCAGCAGCUGACCCGAGACAUCAGUGUCAAACUUCAGGCCUUCCUGCGGAACAAGUUCCCAGAACUGCCCUUCAGAACCCUUGAGCCUGGCGGGCCCCUGUUUGACGGGCUGCAGGGCCAUGCUGCUGAGCCUGUGCGCCUCCUGGUGCCACUGCGACUGGAGCUGGGCCUGUGGGGCUUGGUGCCAGGGGCCGACACCGUGGCCAGGGACGCUCGCUGCUGGGCCGUGCGCCGAACCCAACUGGAGUUCUGCCCCCGGGGAAGCAGCCCCUGGGACCGUUUCCUGGUGGGCGGCUACCUGGGUGCCCAGCUCCUACUAGAGCUGCUCCGGAAGGCACUGGCUGUCUCCGUCAACUGGCCAGCCAUCGGCAGCCUUCUGGGAUGCGUGGUCCGGCCCAGUGUGACCUCUGAGGAGCUGCUGCUGGAGGUGCAGCAGGACGGCUUGGAGCUCACCAUCGCUGUGCUGCCUGCCAUCGCUGGGGCUGAUGCCGGAGCCGGUGACCUCCUGCUCCUGGCCUGGCCCCUGGAGGGCCUGGCCAGCAACCUCUGGCUGCAAGACUUCUACCAGGCUGAAGCCGCCCGGCUGCAGACCCUGGAUGACCAAGACUCAGGCACCCGUCAGCGGCUCCUGCGGUUACUUUGUGGCAUCUGCUGCCAUCACCCAGCCCUGGGGCGGCUGGGCCGGGGCCACCUCACCCAGGUGGUCCUGCACCUAGGGGAGGAAGAGGGAGACUGGAGCGAGGCCGCCCUGGGCUCACGCUUCCUGCAGGCCCUGGAGGAGCUCAUCAGUGCCCUGGAGCAGGCCCGCCUGCUGUGCCACUUCAACCCCAGGGUGAACCUCCUGGGUGACCUGCGUGAGGAGGAGAUUGACAGCAUUGGCUAUGUGCUGUACAGCGGGCUGCAGGCCCCCGAGCAGCUGCUUUGGGGAGGGUAUGGCCAGCACCAGCUCUGCUGCCAGUGAGCCUCGCUCUUGCCCGCCCCGCCCUUCCCUCCCAGGGCUUCAGAAGGCACCCUUCUGUGCCGUCUGCUCAAACAGAACGGCGUGUUUCCUGAGCACACGGACUUCCAGGUGCCUGCUUGCCUGGACCUGCGGGAGAGCUUGCGUUACUGUCACUGUGCUUGGCUAGGCUGCUGCUUUAAAACUUGGAGUGACAACCAGUUAGCCCAGCCCCCCCCCCACACUCAGUCUAUCACCACCAGCAACGAACCCACGGAGAGUGUGGCUUUUGCCAGCCAGUGGUGCUGGAAGGGAAGCCUGUUUUUCUGCUGAGAGCCAGCAUUUCCUGGGGUGCAGUUUUGGGACUUUGGGUGCCAGCAGGUGUUCUGUGUGUUGUUGCCCAGGGGCUAUGCCUCGUGUGCCUAGGAUAAGGAUUUUAACUAUUAAAAGGAUGGUGUUUUGUGUUGUC